GAGAGAGCUUCUUGUGUAACGCUCUCUUCUUCCUUUCUAGCGAUUAGCCUUCGAGGAGGGAAGAUUUUAGGGCGCGCUUGCGCUUGUGGACGCGGUCACCGGUUCUUCGCAAUUUGGGCGCGAUUUGUGGCUCUUCUAGGGCGGGCAAUGCGGGCGCUGGAAUGCAGACUGGAAAUGGGAGCUGGCGCCGGGGGAUGAGAGCCAUGAGGGAAGGAUCCAGGCCUUCUUCUUGUUCUUCCUCCUCCCUUCCUUCUCCCUCGUCGCCCUGCUAGGAAUCACACUGCAAUAUGAUCGAUCAGCUGGUCAACUUCGUAAUUCGCCCUCCCAGGGCGGAUUACAUGCCCUCCCAUGAUCUACUGGAGCGCGAGUUUGUGCUCAAGGGACAUAGAUACGAGCGUAAAGACUUAGAGAUUACCAACAGUCGCGGCCACGUACUGCAAUGCAGCCAUUACAGACCACGUCCCCUACCGGAAGAUGUCUCGCUUCCUUGCGUGAUUUAUUGCCAUGGAAACAGUGGGUGCCGAGCUGAUGCAAACGAGGCUGCCAUAAUUUUGCUCCCCUCGAACAUCACCGUCUUCACGCUUGAUUUCUCUGGCUCGGGUCUGUCUGAAGGGAAGUAUGUUAGCUUAGGCUGGAAUGAGACUGAUGAUCUCAAGGCUGUUGUAACGCAUCUUCGCAAGGACAAACAAGUCAGCCUCGUUGGUUUGUGGGGACGUUCGAUGGGAGCUGUGACCAGUCUUUUCUAUGGAGCACAAGAUCCAUCCAUCGCUGGGAUGGUUCUGGAUAGUCCAUUUUCCAACUUGUUUGAGCUUAUGCUAGAGCUUGUAGACGUGUACAAAAUUCGACUUCCUAAGUUUACUGUAAAGGUAGCUGUUCAAUAUAUGCGGAGGCUAAUCCUCAAGAGAGCUCAAUUUGACAUUAUGGACCUCGACGUUAUAAAGGUAGCUCAGAAAAACUUCGUACCGGUGUUAUUUGGUCAUGCAACUGAAGACUUGUUUAUUCAACCUCACCAUUCAGAUGCGAUAUUUAAGGCGUAUGGAGGAGACAAGAACAUCAUUAAGUUUGAGGGAGAUCACAACUCUGCCAGGCCCCAGUUUUAUUACGACUCAGUCACCAUUUUCUUUUACAAUGUGCUGCGUCCACCUAGCGAGACCUACGCGGAAUCGGUGCCAGUUCCUGAUCCUUUGUAUUAUGACGUAAACGGAUAUGUCUUUGACGAGGACAUUGAUGAGAACAUGCUAUACGAGAUCAUGAAGGGAAUGCAAGCUGCAAACCCCAAGCCUGACGAAAAUGGUGCAACAUCGCAGGCACAACAAAGAGUCGUAGGAGGAGUCGCUGCUAAAACAGACUCCAGUUCUACGGAGGACGCCAUCAAUCAAUCACGCUCUCGGUGGCAAAUGAGUAGGACUGUUGUUCCUUACGACAAUACAGAGCAAGUAGAAGACGCUGCGGAGCUAAUGAAGAGGAUGGACCAAUGUGGCGAGUCUGCCUCUUGUUUACAUACUCCUGAGGCCGAGCAAAACGAUGCCUGCUCCCGGUGCGUCUCCAGCUCCGUAUCAAAUGGUCUCGAUGAUUCGUGGCGAGGAGAAACCGGCUCGGAUUCAUUCCAAGUUUCACCCAGCUCGUCCGAUGGCUUUGCCCACUUCCCAUCCACGUUUGACGACGAAGAGAGGAUGGUGAUGGAAGCGAUUGCUGCGUCUCUGGAAGAGAUGAGCCUCCGAUCCAAAGAAGCGGCGUCCAGGUCUCAAGGUGCUGCUGCUCCUGUUGCUGUUACUGCUGCGAGCCCAACAGCGUCGACGAGCAGUAAGCUCGAAACGUUUGGGCAAAGGCUGCGAAGUGGGCUGUUUAGAGGCAUGAACAAACGAAGCAACAGCUCUCACUCCUAAGAUGCUUGUAUUUUUCUUUUGAUCUUUUCACAUUGAUUUGAUUUUUCACUGUAAAAAUAAUAUCAGCAACUUUUGUGGAAAA